UAUACUAAAUUAAUACGUAUUCUCUAUCUCUAUAUAUAUAUCACCUGUUUGAUAAAAGUCCCUAAAAAGAGCAAUACAUCAUAAUUCAUUUCUUUUUGUGGGUUUGAGCUGAGGGAAAAUUUGUUUUUUUUUUGAGCUGUUGGUGAGGGGGAAUUUGGUUCAAUCUCCCUCAUCUCCAGUCUCCAUCUUCACCCUUUUUCUCUUUGUUCAACCCACAAAAAGAUCUAAUCUUAAUUGCUUUGUUUCUUAAUUCUUCUUGUUUUUUAUGCUUUGGUUGUUGCAUCACACCUGUUUUUUGGUUCAAUCUUGAUCACCUAGAUUCAUAUCUGUUCCACAUUUGAUCAUUUUUUGUUCAUAUCUACAUCUUGUUUGUGUUGAUUUAAAUCUGAUCCCAUAUUCAUAGAUCUUUUAUAGGAUCUUUGUUUCCCCAUUGAGACAUAUUGUAAAUCUUUUUUCUUUGAGAAGACGAAGCCCACCCCGGGUUUGGUGGGCUUCGUAUAAAUCUUCAGAAGAAGAAAAAUAAACCCAUAAAUUUGAAAAAAAAAAUUUUUUUUUGAAAGAUUCUUCUUUCUCCAAAUUUUGAAAUCAAAAUGCUAAUCUACUUUGUUACUUUCGUCUCUUUUAUCUUCUUUUAUAAAUACUCUCUUCCCAUCAAGCAACUUCCACCAUGGUCUAACGAAACAAGACUGCUCUCUUUACAAUUCUUGGAAGAUUUAUCGAUCCUAUUUCCCUCGGUUAAAUCUUUAAAGAAUGCACUCUCUGUAUACUUCAACACAAAAAUGGCAUCAUCAAAGGCGAAAAGAAAAUGCUAUAGCAAGUUGAACACAAAUACAAUGGAGAAUGUCGAAACCACUACAACAGCAGAGUCGUCAAGUCUAUUGGAUUUGCCUGAUUUAGCAUUGGAAACCAUUCUUGAGAAGCUUGAGCCUGUUGACCUUUGUAAAAUGGCUUGUGUUUCAUCUCAAUUAAGGGAUAUGUGUUCGAGUGAGUACCUCUGGAAACAACAUAUGAAGCGGAAAUGGGGUAGAGUUUUCGGUUUUGUUGCCAAGAAGGAGUGGCUGUUACAUGUUGCAUCUCAAAAAAACAUUCUUGAUGGGGCGGAAAGAAGAGGCUUUUUGUCUAAACUCUGGCCUGUUAUGUUGUUUAAAUCUAGUGAUGAAAGAAAGUCGAGUCAGCCACGUGACACUUGUUCGGCUGUGUCAUGCUACAGAGCCCUUGAGACCGGGAGGUUUUGGUUUCCCGCUCAGGUUUUUAACCGUGAGAACGGGCAUGUUGGGUUUGUGAUGUCAAGCUAUGAUGCAGAGCUCAGUUAUGAUUCUCAAACCGAUACUUUCGAGGCUAGAUAUCCACCACAUGGGCAAAGGGCAGAGAGCGGGGUAACAUGGGAUAGGCUAAGGGAAGUUCCUGUUGAUAAUUCACCACAUGAUCUUCAUAUUUCAACAUGUUUAAAUGAUUUAAGACCCAAAGAUCACAUUGAGAUUCAAUGGAGAAGAAACAAACACUACCCUUACGGUUGGUGGUAUGGUGUUAUAGGGCACUUAGAAUCAUGUGAUGCUAAUAACACUUACUGCAGGUGCCACGAAAGCGAUAUGGUGGUGUUGGAGUUCAAGCAGUAUGCACCUGGUUCCCGAUGGAGACGUAUGACGCUCAACAGGAAAGAACAUCGUGAAGAAGGAACUGAGACCGAGGGGUUUUAUGGAGGAAUUAAAAAGCUAUGUAACAAGGAUGAGAUCACUAUGUGGCAAAGAUUUUGGCCGAAUGAUAUAUUGGAAUAACUAAGCAUAGCAAGUAGAGGUUAAGUUUUUUUAUAUCUUUUUGUAGGAUUAUAUUGGCUAAAUGGAGAUUAACACUCAUAUGGGUAUAACCCCAAAUGUGGUAUAACCUGCAAAUAUAAUCUUUUGGGAUAUAUACCUCCUUUUAGUCUAA